GUGGUGAACUCUAUUAUCUUGAUUUUUGGUGAAACAUUCAACAAUUGUCCAGUGCCAGCAGUGCCAUGAAGUUGUGUUUCUAAAAGAAACGUUUUGUCCCAAGUUUGUGUUUUCUAAAUGGAGCCGUCCAACAAAAUGAAGUACCUCUGUUGUUUGGUAAUUUUCUACCAAUUUCUAGCGUUUGCUAGAGGAAUCAAUCUUUUCGAGCUCGAUAAAGUGCCGUAUAUUGAAAAUUUGGAAGAUAAAAUAACACACUCGAAAGGUCCAACCUAUAGCGAAAAAAGAUUGUCUCCGGUAAUUAUGGUUCCGGGUUGUGGCGGAAGUCGAAUCGAUGCCAAUUUGGACAAACCGGCGGUGGUGCGAUUCAUCUGCGCGAAGAAAACUUCUAAGUUCUACGAUACCUGGGUCAACAAGGCGCUUCUGAUUUGGAUGGUGAUCGAUUGUACCGCGGAUAAUCUCCGAUUGGUGUACAACAACGAAACUCGAACCGUAUCCAAUUCUCCGGGAGUACAGACCCGCAUUCCCGGCUGGGGUUACUCGGAAAAUGUCGAAUGGUUGUCCACUUCCCAUGCCAGCGUUAGUUCGUACUUUGUCAACGUGGCCAAUGCCCUGGUCCUCAAUGAAUAUCAUCGGGGUAUUUCGAUUCGUGGAGCUCCGUACGAUUUCCGCAAAGCGCCGAUCGAGAACCAAAAUUACACAAUCAAGAUGAAACAUCUUAUUCAGGAAACGUACGACCUUAAUGGCGGAACUCCAGUCACACUGAUCGUCCACAGUAUGGGAGCCACGAUGGCACUCGAUUUCCUGCAGCAUCAGGCCCAGGAAUGGAAGGACAAGCACAUCCGACGACUCAUUUCCCUGAACGGCGCUUGGGGUGGCUCGAUUAAAUCGCUGAAAAUUUACGCCGAGGGUGAUGAUCUGGGAUCGUUUUUCGUCAGUUCCAGUGCCAUUCGUACCAUUCAGGUGUCGACGCCUUCGCUGGCUUGGUUGCUGCCGAAUCCGCUAUUUUGGAAACCGGACGAAGUGCUGGUGCAAAACAAGAACCGAACGUACACCGCACAUCAAAUGGAAGAAUUUUUGGAUGACAUGGACCUCCCGGAGGGUAAAGAAAUGUACAGGGAUGUCCUGCCAAAGACCUUGAACUUUACUCCACCUGGCGUAGAAGUGCACUGCUUCUACGGAACCAAAGUGGACACAGUCGAGAAGUUGAUCUGGAAGAACACCUACGAUUUGUCCGGCAAACCGAGCUACGUCAUGGGAGACGGAGAUGGCAGCGUGAAUCUUCGGUCGCUGGAAGCCUGCAAACACUGGAAGCAGCUCCAAAAGCAACCCGUUUAUAUCCGCGAGUAUCCAAACACCGGGCAUAUGCAAAUUCUGGCCAACACCAAAGUGCUAGAUGAUAUUGUUAAAAUUCAGCUGAAGGAUAUUCGCUGAGUUUUUUGUUAUUCUUUUUUUAUUCUUUUUACAUUGUCGCGUGUGUAAGUGUAAAGAUUAAAAGAAAAUUGCCUCGGUUUACCAAGCCGUUGUACUUUUAGUUUGUCCCAGUAUAGUUAAAGUUGUAUAUUCAUGUGUUGUUCGCAUUAGCUAGAAUGCGCAACGGUUAAAAACAGGAAAAAAAUUAAGUAAUAAGCGUUGUUAUUCAAUCAAAGAUUAUUAUCAAAAUGUUUAGAAAGGUUUAACUAUGUUUGUAAUUGCAUUUUUAA